GUCCUAUCCUUUUUAAUCUACUCAAGUUAAAUCGCGCGAUUUAAUUCGCUUUUUCGCCAAUUGUACAGAUAGAGAGAGAGAGAGAGAGAGAGAGAGUUUUUACAUUUUGUUUACCUUUUAAUUAGGUUUUAUCAAGAAGAGGGAGCCUUCUAUAAUUGAAGUUGAUCGAUCAAAGCACCGUUCAAUUGAUUGAUCGAUCCCUAAUUUUGAGAGCGAGAAAGAGGAUAUGGCGAUCCUUUACGCGCUGGUAGCGAGGGGAUCGGUGGUUCUGGCGGAGUUUACUGCGACGGCGACCAACGCUAGCGCCAUUGCAAGGCAGAUAUUGGAGAAGAUACCAGGCAAUAAUGACAGCCAUGUCUCUUAUUCUCAAGAUCGUUAUAUAUUUCAUGUCAAACGCACCGAUGGCCUCACUGUUCUCUGUAUGGCCGAUGAUACCGCUGGAAGAAGAAUUCCUUUUGCGUUUCUUGAAGACAUUCAUCAAAGAUUUGUUAGGACUUAUGGCCGUGCUGUUCAUUCAGCCCAGGCUUAUGCCAUGAAUGAUGAAUUUUCAAGGGUUUUGAGCCAGCAAAUGGAGUAUUACUCAAAUGAUCCAAAUGCUGACAGGAUAAAUAGACUAAAAGGUGAAAUGAGUCAGGUGCGAAAUGUCAUGAUUGAGAAUAUUGACAAAGUUUUAGAGAGAGGAGAUCGUUUGGAAUUGCUGGUUGAUAAAACUGCUAAUAUGCAAGGGAACACCUUCCGUUUCAGAAAGCAAGCUCGUCGUUUCAGAAACACAGUAUGGUGGAGAAACGUCAAGCUUACGAUUGCUUUGAUUGUCCUCCUCCUAGUGAUUGUCUAUGUUGUACUGGCUUUUGUGUGCCAUGGACUUACACUACCUACCUGCCUGAAGUGACAGCUAGCAUUGAGUGAGAUUCUGGCGUGCUUCGUGCCCUUUUUUAGUGUGGGAUAUGACAUUUCUAUUUAAAGUUCCUUUCCUGCAAGUUCUGUUAGUUUUUUUGUCGUGCAAUAUGAAAUGCUUGAAUUGUCUGUGGGCAUAGUUACAGCUUCUGACUGUGACAUUGAUUCUCUUUGAGACAAAUGGGUUGAGGUUGAAUGUCUAGUGAAGCCUUGGCUUGAGUUGUAUUUAUCGUGGGGUAAUUUUUUGGUGUAAAAUCCGUAAGGCUUUGUCA